AUGAUGGACCGCCUUCCUCACCCCAAAAUUUUCCCUGCCCUCUUGGCCCAACUACAUAAGAGCGGAAUCUCCCAAAAGUGGAAAUUCGGUUUCCAUGUAACGACUUACCAGGGUAGACUGCCCCAAAAUACCUCUGAAUGUGACACAUGGGAAGAAUGUUUCUCGAACGGCAUCGAACAAUUCUUCAUAGCCGAAGAAAAGGCUCAAGGCUCCGAUGAUGAGAUGGCCGUUCUCCGAAAAGGGAUUAUCGAAAAAGUAAUCCCAAGACUGCUACGACCAUUGGAGACUGGUGGAAACAAAAUCCAACUAUGUUUGGUUCAUGGAGACUUGUGGGAUGGCAAUACGUCAGUCGAUGCUGAGACUGGCAACCCCCUGAUUUUCGAUGCAUGUUCAUCGUACGCACAUCACGAGUAUGAACUAGCUCCAUGGAGGCCUGUGAGACACAAGAUUGGAAUGCCAUAUGUGACAGAGUAUCUCAAAAAUUUCUCUGCAUCCAAGCCAGAAGCAGAUUUCGACGAUCGAAACGCAUUAUACUGCGUGAGAUUUAAUUUAUGCUCCUCAGCUCUAUAUCCGGGAAACCUUCGCUUCAGGAAUAUUGUGAAGCAGGAAAUGCGUGAUCUUGUAGAGAAGUUUCCACUAGGAUACGAAGGCGAUAGCAAGACGGGUACCCAGUAG